UCUGCCUGUAAAUUCCGAUAUUUCUUACAGCACGUGAAGCCAACGUUAUUAUUUUGCGUCUGUGGGCUUCUUGGGCAAACGAUGAAGAAAACAUGGUGAUGUUAUGAGUUUGGAGACGAUGCUAACCUUUCAGAAGAUAUCAAUAUAAAAACAAAUAUCCUUGUCACGCGUUUUCAUGCCUCAGCUUGCUGUAUUUGAACAAUGUACGCAGCUGUUGUGGGGAUGGUUACUUUGAGAUGAGAAGAGAGGUCUGGAGCCGAGAGACCGAGAAUAACGGAACACAGCUGACCUGGUAAACAAACAGUCGCAUGUUAUGUGUCAGAGUUGAGUCUUGUAUGGUUGCAGGAGGUUGGGAUAGGCAGACAUCCAGUGGGCCAGAGGAUGUAAAAUGACACCGCACUGCUCCAAAUUCAUCCGCUUGAGCGAAGGAGGAUAACCCUUCAGGCAAAAUAUCGGAGAGAAAACAGUGUUUGUUAAACGCUGUUUUAUCACAAUAAACACAUAACAUUUCACUGUAUCCGGCUCUCAAACAGUGCCAAAGGAGGGUUUUUGUCGGCGCGAGCAGUGUUAUUGCUUUUAUUCCAUCGCAGACAUGUCCUUCACGAUGGAGGAUAGUGUGGAGUCGGGAUGGGUGGCCGUCCGACCAAAUGCGUUUGAGGAGAGGGAAAGGCAUAAAUUUGUUUUUAUCGUCGCCUGGAAUGAAGUGGAGGGUAAAUUUGCCAUUACGUGUCACAACAGGACGGUGCAGAGGAGAAGCUUUGGUAGGGAAACACUACCGACUGGUCGGGAUGUGGACCAAACAAAAUGGCCCGAAAGUCCCGUCAGAGAUAAAGUAUCUAAGAGCCCUAGCAAAGGAGCCAAGGAGGCUGUGGUUAAAGGAUGCAGCCCUAAGAAGUCCGUGACAGCAACAAAAUCAAGUGCUGUCAAAAUUCAAACUGUGACUAAAUCUGCAGCAUCUCCCAUUAGUCCUGAUAACGAGGUGCUGAGAUCACUAAGAGAGGACCUCUUGUCCCCCUCACUGGAUAGCUUGGACCUGGAGGAAAUGGACUUUCUGAGCAGGGAGGACUGCAGCUGGGCCGGACUCUUCUCCUUCCAGGACCUCCGGUCGAUUCACCAGCAGCUGUGCUCGGUGAACUCGGACCUGGAGCCCUGUCUCCCGGUGUUUCCGGAGGAACCAGCCGGUAUGUGGACGGUGCUGUUCGGCCAGGCGGAAGUACCCGAGACCGAAAUGGAUGAGCUUUGCUACAGUUUACAGAUGUACCUCGGCCACGUGCUCGAUACGUGCGGAUGGAAGAUCCUUUCGCAGGUUCUGUUCACGGAAAACGACGACCCAGAUGAGUACUAUGAGAGCCUGAGCGAGCUGAGGCAGUCCGGCUACGAAGAGGCGCUCAACCGUGCAACAAAACACCUGCAGGAGCUGCUGGAGAAGCACAAGACCAUGGACAGCAUGGUGGAGCUGUUGGAGCUGUAUAAGGAGGAAGAUGAGACCUGUGGAGGACUGCUGGAGGCCUCCACACAGCUAUACCAGUACCUGCUGCAGCCCUUCAGAGACAUGAGGGAACUGGCAAUGCUACGCAGACAGCAGAUCAAGAUUUCCAUGGAGAAUGACUACUUGGGCCCAAGGAGGAUUGAAGCUCUAAAAAAAGAGGACUUUGACUGGCAGAAGAAAGCUCAAGAGGCCGUCCUCAACAUCCAGGAGUUUACUAUAAAAUACUUUGAGAUCACUGCCAGAGCCCAGAAAGGGGUGUAUGAGCGUAUGAAGGUGGACCAGCGUAAGUUUGGUAAAUCCUCAUGGACAGCAGCGGUGGAGCGCAUGGAGAGACUCCGCUACUCUGUCGCCAAAGAAACACUGCAGCUCCAGAGAGCCAGGGAGAUCUGUCUGGAGCAGAGGAAACGCACACUUCGAGAGGAGAUGCAGAGUCUGUGUAGCAGUAAAGAUGCCAUGGCCCUCUUAGACCACAUGGAGACACAGUACUAUGAGCGCCAGCUCCAACUGUACGACAUCCAGGCUGAGAUACUGCAGUGUGAAGAGCUGCUCCUCACCGCUCAACUAGACAGCAUUCGCAGACAGAUGUCAGAGUUUCAAGAUGAGGUGGUGUACUAUGACACCUUCGAAAGUGCAGAUGAUAUAAAAGAGGACAAUACUGCAGAGAGAGAAGAGCUGCGCAGACUUCAGGUCAGCGGUCGUCAGCUGGAGGCGAGAAGGGGGCGCAUCACUGCCAAGCGCUCCUAUCUGAGGAACAAAAGGGAGAUCUGUGUAUCUAACCAUAGUCAGAAGCAGCAGACACGUCAAACCAUCCAGAAGGACUCCAUAUCCCACCAGCUGAAAAAUGAAGAAGAGGAAGACGAGGAAAAGAAGAAUAGCAGAGUUAGUCAGGAGAGGCAGAGAACUCUAGACAGACUACGCACUUUCAAGCAGCGGUACCCAGGUCAGGUGAUUCUGAAGUCCAUUCGACUACGCGUGGCCCACACCAGAAGAAGAGAGCGUGGAAGGAGCAUGGGAAUGAGUAGUUUGAGUGAGAGGGAGGAGCAUGUGGACUGUGUCCAAGCGCGCGGUCACCCGCUGUGUCUCAGUACCAGUGUGCAGACGGACCCCAGCUCCACACUCACCACUCAGCCUGUCACAGUCCUCACAGCAUCCCUUCCUCCUCUGCCUGUGCCCAGUCCUGUAGACUCCUCCUGCUCUCCCUGCUCCCUGUCCUCACUACUGGCAUCCCCCAUGUCCCCUCCUCCUCCACCUCCCCCUCCACCUCCCCUGCCAAUUAAGGAAGAGCUUUUGCCUUCUGGGAGCCCAGCCCGGCAUGGGCAGAAGGUUGAGGGGAAGAAUGCAGCAGAAGAACUCUCCCUCUGCCCACUUGGUCCAUUUAUGCCUCGCUUCUUUGACAGCAGCCAACUGUUGAGUGCCCGUAAAAAGCUGAGGAAGACUCCAGAGUUUGACUCCGACAGCAGAAGAGUGAGCUCGCCCAUGGACGAGGUGCUAGCCUCCCUGAAGAGAGGCACCUUCCACCUGAAGAAGGUCGACCAGCGGUCUCUGCUUCCUUCCACGGACGACGAUGACCCCAAUAGCAUCCUGGCUCAGAUCAGAAAGGGGGUCAAACUGAGGCGCGUCCCCAGGAACGAGAGAAAGGACAAUGGAGAGCUCCCGGCCUCCACCGACCCUCUGACCAGGAGCAUCCAUGAGGCGCUGCGCCGCAUAAAGGAGGCCUCACCAGAUUCUGACUCAGACGACGACGGGCUGGCCGCCCAUGACUGGGAUAGCUAGGGUUCAACCCUCAGAAGCAACAACUAAUACACACACAGAUGGCUGCACACUCUAACACUGAACACACUGUACUGUAAUGUACUGUAAAGUGCUGCAUUGUACUGUACACACACACACACACACACACACAGUUACUUAUUCACGUUACACUUUACAGUUACUUAUUCACUUUAGCAUACACAGCCCAGUCACACAUAGUGACUAUGCCAUUGCCCGAGUCAUACUGAAUAUCACCAACUGCUCCAAAAGGCUAUGGUCAACCCGUUCCAUUUGUUUUUCACACUACAUUCACCAUCAUGACAGAUAUCAUUCGUGUUUUUAUUUCUACUGUAUGUUACUGUGGUUUUAUUCCUGUAUUUAGAUUGUGAUGUUGUAAAGCUCUGCACUGGCCUUUUGUGGCUACAUUAACAUUCAGAAACGGCACACAACACAUUUACGACUGACAGUUAUUUGUGAAACUGAAAACCUCAUACAAAAAGCUAUUUGUGCCGAGUGUGAGAUGUGUGAUUUUUUUCCACUCGCUCCAGAGCAUAAAAGUGAAAAACUUUAACUGUAACCCAACUACGUAAUGGGUAUGAUUGAUAACUUGGGGUCAUGUGGGAGAUUGAAAAACAAAUAGAAGAUCCUACUGAGAUUUGAAGUGGAUUUAAUGUCCAGAUUUUAAACCAUAACACAAUCACCUCUGCUGAAGCUCUCUUCUAUUUUUUACUAAUGUACUAUGACUGAACCACACUACUGUAUGCUGCACAGCUGGUUUUGUCCAGUCACAUGUGGGUGUGUUAGUGUCCGACAGGACCACUGCUUGUCUAACCUGACUCUGCACAAAGACUGCAAAUCCUUUACUCCGUCACACCAGACUUGUGCCCCUCCCCCGCUCUUGUCUCCUUGCGACCUUCACCAACCUCAACUCUCACCAUCUCUCUGGCUGAGAAAAAAUGUAUCAACCCAUCUGUUCGACCGCAACAUAUGGCCAGGCUGGUGGGAGAUAUGGAGAUUCACAGUAGGCUUAUCAUUUGGUGCCGAAACCAACAACAUCUCUGAGCAGAAGCUGGCCCACCUAGAGUAGGAGAGGAUUAGAUAGAUGAAGGGUCACCUGCAGAGAUGCAGAGGUUCUUUAGCGGGGUGGAGGUCAUGGUUAGUGUCAGUCAUCUUGGUAAAGUGUGGGCAGACUUGGUUGGUGAUUCCCAAACUUCGUAUGUGGGAUAGUCACGGCAGAGCUGUGAAACUAUUCACUCUCGUUUGAAUGAUGGAUGGUUUGUGGGAGGCUAGAUUCUCUCAGCGCUGUAGGGAGUCACUGUGGGCUGAGGAGCAGGCAGGCGUGAUGGAUGUGGUUUCUGCUUCCAUCUUGUUCACUUACUCUCCUCUCCUCUCCUCUAUUGCGUAUUUUCUAAUUUCUUUCACAGCACUCAGUGGACAGAAGCACACAGUAGGAGGUCUGUUACUCACAGUGCUAGAAGUGAAAACAUGUUCAUGCACACAUGGACUCACACAUUAAACUCACGGCCAACAUGUGCAGAAACAUUUUAGUGGCAAAGUGAGUCCACAGCCUCUACCCAUAAGUCUUACAUGAAAGUAUUUCAGCACUUUCAUGGUACAUAGUACAAACUCUGAAUCACUUUAUCUGUACAGUAACAACUUUUUUUUUGAAUCACUGGUGAAACAUAUCUGCUGUAGAUGAGUCUGUUUAAAAGCAUUGAACAUGUGAAACUGCACCUACAGAGGUGUGAUGGAAGGACAGUAUGAGAGGACCUGUGGAGAGGUUUUAUCAGCAGAGGAAUUUACGCUAGCAUACAUGUUAACAUGAAGCAAAAAGAUGUGAAUUCAUAAACACAUCUCUGAGUCUGAAACAGCCCCGGUAUGCACCGUCUCAAAACACUUUGAUGCAAAGAUUUGUGCUUUUUCUCGUUAUUGUGUUGAGACGUUCUCGGUUUAAUCAUGAACGGGCACUCAUGUAGAAAGAGCAGGCAUGGACGUAUAUGUCACAUUUAUUCAGCUUGAAAAUAGCUCAGUGCUAAAGAGAGUUUAUUGUUUUCCUGGCAGACCAAACCUGAGGCACUUUUACAUGUCUCCUGUCACUGUCAGCACUAUAUGUUCGUCUAUGGUGUCCUCAUUAUGUAGCAUGAGUCAGAGAUCUAACCCUGACCUGACUCUAAACUUAGACCUGACUUGAUGUCACUAUAACUGAUCAGGGCAGAGUUUCCCAAAAGAUGUUAGCGCUAAUGUUUACGUUGUUCCACUAAACAAUGACCAACAAAGUGCUCACAAUUUUGGGAAACUGGGCUCAGAAUGUGACACCAUGGCCAUGAAUCAACUAUCUAUCACCUGGCUAAUGUUAGAAACACACUGUUAUGUUUUACACCGAUCUUUAUCUAUAAAUAAUCUUAACACAGAUAAUUGUCAGCCAACUGUAAUUUUACAUUGCAUUCCACUGCUUUGUUUGAAUCCUGUUUCUUUCCAAAGCAUUUCCAGCCAAACCUUUUUGUGAUACGUUUGCUCCUGAACAUUUCCUCUGGAGACCUGUUAUCCACACAGGCAGACUAUAUGACCCGCUGUCUGAAUAAGGCAGUCAGACACUUGAGAAGUGCAAUAUCAAUAUGGAGAAGUACAAGCAAAGGGAUGAAACAAGUUAAUGGGUUAUAAUAACUUCAGAUCAAUUGCCUAAAACAAUGGACUUAUUAAUUGCUGCAGUUGUUUUUACACAGUAGUGUAUACACAUACUGUUCCAAGAAUACCUUUUUGCCUUUAGUCCUGCCACUUUCAUUUAUUCAAACCUUUUUUUUCCAUUUACAACCUUGCCCCUGCAUUUGAAUAAAACCCUGUGAAGCAC